AUGUCAAAUGACAUCGACAUUCAUGAAUAUCUUAAUUGGUUAGAAAAAUCAAUUGUCGACGAAUAUUUCAAUUAUUAUGAGUAUUCAGACUUCAACAAUAUACAACCAAUAGGAAGUGGUAAUUUUGGAAGAGUUUCUCGUGCUAAAUGGAAAGAUAGUGACGCCAUUUUUGCGUUGAAGUCGUUUGUCAAUUUAAAGUUAACCCUUAAAGAGAUUGUCAAUGAGAUUAAAUUACAAAAAAAACUUGAUUAUCAUCCAAAUAUAUUACGAUUUUAUGGAAUUACAAAAAUAGGAUGUGGUAAGAAUUAA